AAUUCUACUUUCUUUUGUCAACAGAAAUGGAAGAAGCUAUCACUGAUAAACUUCGCGAGCAACAACAUACAGAUCGUGGACUGGGCAAUAAGACUCGUCCCGAAACUACAGCACCUCAGCCUCAGCUCGAACAAGCUAAAGGAACUGUGCGACAUCUCCUGUCUCCACGAACUCCGAGUCCUGAACCUCUCCAUGAACAGCUUCUCGGCCUGCGAGAACUGGCACGCGAAGAUCGGCAACAUAGUCAAAAUAGAUCUGUCACAGAACAAAGUGGAAAGUCUUCGCGGUUUCUCCAGACUCUAUUCAUUAGAAAGCCUCGAUCUAAGCUGUAAUAUCAUAACAGAUGUCGAAGAAGUCCAGCAUAUUUGUAAUCUUCCCUGUUUAGAAUAUCUAUGGUUAACAGCUAACCCUGUAGCGUCAUCCAUAGACUAUAGAGUGAAAGUCAUAGAACAGUUUAACGCGAGGAUGACGGAGCUGUGCUUGGAUAACGAGAAAGCGUCUGAGAAAGAAUUAGACACAGCGAGAGUACUUCAAGCGUUAAGGGUUGUCAAAGAAGGUAAGACGCCCAGUUUCUUACAGAAUAAUAAUACGACUCACAGUUUCCAUAAGAGUUGACAGUAAACGUUAUUAUUAUAAGCUUAAGGUAGGUUUUUGUAUGCAAAUAUUUCACUAUCCCAAGAAAAUCAACUUCACUAGCGCCGAAAAUAUAUAUUCUGUUAAAUUGUUUAUUUUUUUAUAAGUAGUAAUAUUAUGUGAAGAAUUUUGCAGACUCGUAUUUUUAGUUGAAAACAAAAUAGCUAUAAAUUGAUUCUACUGACUUAUCUGUAUACAAGUA